AUGGCGCUCGAUACUUACUACCACAAUAAGAUCGAGGGCAUGAAGCUGGAGAUCAUCCAGGGUCAAGCUGUCCUGCGAAGACUAGAGGCGCAAAGAAAUGACUACAACUCCAGAGUGCGCCUUCUGCGAGAGGAGCUUGGCUUACUACAACAGCCAGGCUCGUAUGUGGGUGAAGUGGUGAAGGUGAUGGGGACGAAGAAGGUCUUGGUCAAGGUGCACCCUGAGGGCAAAUACGUCGUGGAUAUCUCCGACAAUGUCGACAUCUCCAAGCUCAUCGUUGGAAAGCGCGUUACCCUUCUCUCCGACUCGUACAAACUCGAAAAGAUGCUGCCAUCUUCCGUCGACCCGCUGGUAUCUCUUAUGAUGGUGGAGAAGGUUCCCGACAGCACGUACGACAUGAUUGGAGGUCUGGAUCAGCAAAUCAAGGAGAUCAAGGAGGUUAUCGAGCUUGGUCUGAAGCACCCCGAGCUCUUUGAAUCUCUCGGGAUAGCCCAGCCUAAAGGAGUGCUUCUGUAUGGACCACCAGGAACCGGAAAGACGCUUUUGGCAAGAGCUGUAGCACAUCACACCGACUGCAAGUUCAUCCGGGUUUCUGGUUCGGAGUUGGUACAAAAAUACAUUGGUGAGGGUUCGAGAAUGGUUCGGGAGCUGUUCGUUAUGGCCAGAGAACACGCACCGUCUAUCAUCUUCAUGGAUGAAAUUGAUUCCAUCGGAUCGUCGCGGGUGGAGGGCUCAUCUGGUGGCGACUCUGAAGUUCAACGCACUAUGUUGGAGCUGCUCAAUCAGCUGGACGGUUUCGAGCCUACGAAGAACAUUAAGGUCAUCAUGGCUACGAAUCGAUUGGAUAUCCUGGACCCUGCACUCCUGCGACCAGGACGUAUCGACCGGAAGAUCGAAUUUCCACCUCCAACCGUCGAGGCCAGAGCAGACAUUCUCCGGAUCCACAGCCGAAGCAUGAACUUGACCCGUGGAAUCAACUUGACCAAGGUGGCAGAAAAGAUGAACGGGUGCUCGGGCGCUGAGUUGAAGGGUGUGUGCACAGAGGCUGGUAUGUACGCGUUGAGGGAGAGGCGUGUGCAUGUUACACAGGAAGAUUUUGAUUUGGCGACGGCGAAGGUCUUGAACAAGCACGACGAUAAAGAAGUAUCGCUCGGAAAACUCUGGAAGUAG